AUGAGGCUGAGACAAGAUGUGGCUGAGAGGAAUAUGCUUGAUUUAUUCGAUUCUGUUGAAUUGGGAAUUGGGAAAGACGCCUCGGAUGGCAACUCAACCAUCUCGACGAUCUCAUUCAUCCCGACGCGACUAGACAGCGGACGAUCGCUCACGUGCAGAGCGUCUAAUCACCUGGUUCAGAACGGCGUCGAAGAACACACCGUGAAAUUGAACGUUUUCUAUGUGCCCAUUCUGCACCUGUCUCUCGGCUCUAACCUGAAUCCCGAGGACAUCGAGGAAGGCGAUGAUGUUUACUUUGAAUGCAAAGUGAACGCCAACCCUUGGGCAUACAAAGUACUCUGGAAGCACAACGGUCAAGUGAUGCAAGCCAACCAGAAGGCAGGCGUUAUAAUGAGCACCACGGCCUUGGCUCUGCAAGGUGUGACCCGCAGUCAAGCUGGCAAUUACUCUUGUGUGGCGUCGAAUGUGGAAGACAAACCAAUUUGCCGCUAUCACCAGAAACGCGUCUACGGCGUUGCCAAAAUGGAGAAAGCCAAAGUGGUAUGCGAAGUGGAAUCCUACCCGCCGCCCGAUGACUUCAAGUGGCUGUUCAACAACUCGGCCGAGGCCACGGAAGUCCCGGCUGCCAAGUACAAAUCGGGCCUGCACAAUUCCAUGUCCAUCCUCACGUACGCGCCCCUCAACGAGAUGGACUACGGCACUGUGAUGUGCUGGGCCAACAACCUGGCAGGAAGACAGCAGGAGCCGUGCGUCUUCCACAUCAUUCCUGCCGGCAAGCCGGACCCGCCGUACAAUUGCACUAUAGUCAAUAUGACUAUCGAUUCGCUGGAGGUGGAAUGCACGGAGGGCUUUGACGGAGGCCAGCCCCAAUACUUCCUUCUGGAAGUAUACGAUUCAGGAACGGGCGCGCUUCUGGCCAACGUUUCUGCCAAGUUCCCGGUGUUUAUUGUCAGCGGCCUCGAUCCCGGGAAGACGCUAAAGAUGAUCGUAUUCUCGGCCAACAACAAAGGUAGAAGCGAGCAGGUGGCUCUGGAAGGAUUCACCCUCAACGUGGCCGAGAAACAAACAGUUCUCUCCCUGGGCACUAAAGAUGACAUCGAAAUAACCCCGAUCCUUGGCGUCCUCAUCGGAGUGGUGACGGCCCUGCUGUUGGUCACCGUGAUAAUAUUGGGCGCCCUGAAAAUCAGAGCCGCUCGUAGGAAUGGAUCCAGGAUGCCCAGGCCAGGAUUCUUGCCUGGUAAAGAAAAGGUAGCGUUGCCACUCAGAUCGGAGUCAGAGGACCUCUUCGAGAAAGAUGACAGGAAUCCUGACGUCAUACCUAGUAAUAAGGAUUCCGAUUACCAGCUAGGUUCGGCCGCUCAGACGCCCGGCCUGAAUAAUUCAGCGUCCGCCCCCGGUGGAUACGAGCUGGCUGUCCCCGUCUCCGCCCCGCACACCCCGCAGCAGAUUCCCGCCCCCGGGCCCCUGCAGGAGGCCUACAUGGCUCGGGACCGGAAUUACCCGCCGCAACACAUUGGCAACGAAGUUACUUAUGCUGAACUGGCUCUCGUUCGACCAAAUUCUCUGGAGCCUCUUAAAAACGGCGGCAAUGCAUUUGGCACUCUUCGUAGCAGGGAGGAUCCUACUAUUUAUGCCCAGAUCGACCAUAACAAAAGGCUGCCACCAAGAACGUCGCCCCUGGUGUCUCCAGCAUCCGCCAUGUUUCCUGCCAGACAAGGCCUUUACCACCGAGAGGUCGUAACAGUGCGGACGCCUCUGAUGGGUUUUCAGCAAGAAAGUUGUGUAUAG